AUGCAAGUCCUAUCAAACGCGCGUGGACUCACCAGGAUUUUAAAGCCUCAAAUUCUCCUCAACUCAGUACCCUCAGAUCACAAAUUAAUCAUCUAUUCUCAAUGUCAAAGCCUCCACUCUUACUCCUCGCGCUCCCUCCCCUCCUCAGGAAAUUAUUGUUUCGCAACGGUGCGAGAUCUAAUGUACUCUAGGACAUCAAAGGGUUCGUUUUGUACUGCGAGUGGUGGAGAGAGCACUGCAACAGAGGCUGUGAAGAAGAUUUAUGAUGAUAUUAUUGACUCGGUGAAUGUUAGACGCACAAUGGCGCCGAAUGCAUGGUUGUGGUCAUUGAUUGAGAAUUGCAAGACCCGUGAGGAUAUUAAGCUUCUUUUUGAUGCUUUGCAAAAUCUCCGAAGAUUUAGAUUGUCAAAUCUUCGAAUUCAUGACAAUUUUAAUUGCAAUCUUUGCCGCGAAGUUACUAAAGCAUGUGCUCGUUUGGGUGCUGUUGACUUCGGAAAGAAGGCCUUGUGGAAUCAUAAUAUGUAUGGACUGACUCCAAGUGUUGCAUCUGCUAACCAUUUGCUGUUGUAUGCUAAGCAUCAUAAUGAUGUCAAACUCAUGGUUGAAGUAAUGAAACUUCUGGAAAGGAAUCACAUCCCAUUACAGCCCAGUACCGCGGAUCUUGUUUCCAGCAUCUGUUACAAUUCUGAUAAUUGGGAGUUGAUUUCUAAGUAUUCAAGAAAGUUUCUCAAGGCUGGGGUAAAACUGCGCAGACAUGCAUUUGACCUAUGGAUGGAUUUUGCUGCCAAAAGAGGAGAUACCGAAUCAUUAUGGAAAACUGAGAAGGUUAGAUCCGAGUCGAUGAAGCAGCACACUCUUGUGAGUGCGUUUUCAUGUGCUAAGGGUUUAAUACUAGAAGGCAAGCCUCUGGAUGCUGCUGCUGUUAUUCAAGUCCUUGAUCAGACAUUACCUGACACCAAGAAGUCAGGUAUGGUGGUUGAACUUCAGAAGUUAGUAAAUGAAUGGCCUAUGGCUAUUGUCAAACACCAGAAAGAGGAAAAUAGGAAGGCACUAGCUGCUGUAUUAAAAUCUGGCAUUCCUGCAAUGGUUAAUGGUCUACCAAACAUGGGCGUGGAGGCGAAAGUAAAUUUGGAAGACCUAGCAAUUAAGGAAGAAAUCCCAUGCUAAAAUGUCUAGGACAUGGACAAUUGAGCAUGGAAAUAUGAACCUUAAGAGAGAAACAACCGUGUCAGAACUCUGGGAGCAGCAAUUCAAUAAUCACCUCUUUAUGCAGGACCAAGCUGGAGCUCAAUUGUUAGCAUCUCUGGACUUGUAACAAAAAAUUUGUUAUCUUUCAUAACAGUACGUUAAGAAUCAAUGUUCAUACAGUAAUUUUCUAAAUUCAGAAUCGAUUGGAGGAACCAAAGAAAGUUUCAGACUAGAUUGUUUUGUAGGAUAUUCAUUCGAUCUCCAUGUUCAAGAGACAAUUUUGUAGCUUCUAGUUUAUAUCUCAGAUGAACCUGGCGGUACAGCAUUUAUGGAUGUCCCUCGUCGCAGAUUCUAUUCUAA